AGCACUUGAAGGCAGCGUUUUUCCGGAUGUGACGUUGACGUUACGUUCGCGUCUCCGCCAGUGUUUUUAAAAAAGCGGCGGUUGCUCUUCAAGCACCUUUUUUGUGAAUCAAUAACAUUAAUUUCUUUAUCUACAUUCUCCAGCAUAGUAACAAAACUAGGAUCCUGGUGUUUUUCUGUAAAACUGUAAGCUCCCUUACUGCACCAGGAUCAUGCAGCACCAGCAGUAUGCAGAAGAGCAAGGCCUUCUGGGCUCACUGAAUCCUGGGCAGAAGAAGCUGGAGGGGAAAACCUUCUACCUGGACAGUGUGAAGAAACGCUCAACAGCCCUGCUUUUGGAGGCUGUAUCUCUUCUUGGAGGGAGGGUCGAGAGUUUCCUGCACAAGGAUGUGAGCUUUGUUGUGACUGGAAGCCAAGAGGGCCUGAAGGAGCAGAAGUGUACAGAUACCAAAGUAGGGGCGAAGGGGACGAGUGAAGAACCCAAAAGUCCUGUAAUGCAGCGAGAGAGUAUCCUCAGCAGUGACAAACCGCGACCAGGAACUCCUAGACCAGUGGCUUGUGGCAGCCGCGGGAAGGCCCUGCUUGAAAAAGCCAUUCGCAACAAUGAACGACUGCAGGGGAGCAGCGUUUUGGCCAACGCUCGAUCAUGGGGAGUAAAGAUUUUGUAUGCGGACGAUGUCCUUUUAUAUUUGAAACAUUUGACUCGAGAGAGCUUCAGUGCUAUACACAGGAGGCCGGAGAAGACUGUCACCAAACAAGGUCAUCAUGUUGUCAAAGCUGCAGCUUUGAGGUCUCCGUAUCUUAAAAUUGAAGACUUGAGCAGGAAAUACAAGCCCUUGCAUAUGCAAUCUAUGACCUUCCCCACUCUGUGGUAUUCGGGCCGAUUCAGUCCCUUCGAAUCUCCUCCUCCUCCUCUGUUUGAAAAGCAGGCAGAGCAAGGAGAAAAUAAAACAAGGAAGAAGAAAAAAGUUGAAAGCAGCAUUCAGGACAAACCUCAAACCCCACUCAGCUGUAACCUUUCACCUUGGCGGCCGCGCAAGAAGGACCUGUCCUUCUGUGAAUGCUGUCAUCAACCCUUCACUAAUCUGGAGGAGCACUUGCAGUCUGAUCAGCACCGUGCGUUUGUGCUCGACCCCUCGAACUACAAUGUGAUGGACCAACUCGUUACCGAAAUGCUUCCGGGAUUCGACCCCGAUCCAGCUCAACAAUCGGAUGAAACACCGAACCGACCACCAACUCCUUUGCCCAUCUGUGAACUGGAGCCUCUUACGGAUGCUGAGACGGAGCAUGCUGUUCAGGACCUGCAGAGACAAGUUUCAUCAUUCAAUAUUCACAGUCUUACUAAGGGCCCUCUUUCCUCUGGCCCAGCCAGCCCAUCACAGUUUCCCAUCCCAAAUCCACCAGCCACUCCGCCUGUGGACAUCCAGCCUUUCUGCGAGCUCCCUGACAGCCAUACUCCCGCUUUAAGUCCAGCCAUGCCUGUUUUAGAUGCUGAACCACAAGCCUAUAACUCAGCCAGCCAGCAGCCUGAUACUCAACAUCUCCCCCCCUGCUCUGACCCUUACUCCCUGCCUCCGGUCCUCAGCCCACAAGUCCCUUAUACCUCCUACAUUAUGGAGCCGCACUCAGAGCCUCCUGUCCUCAGUCCUCAACGGUACGCUGCAGAGGAGGCUGUGGAAGGACACACUUGUGAAAUGGACACUGCAGAAAGUGCGUCUCAUUCUGCCCUAGAUCUUAUCUCCACAACACUUUUUCCCUCUGUGGCUUUGACAAAUGCAGAAGGAGUAAAGGGAUCAAACCAAGAACGCGAGAUCACAUGUUCCACCAGUGGUUUGAAGUGUGCUACGCUGUUGUCACGUAGAUCUCGGUCCCUCCCUCGACAGUCAGCAACGGCACCAAACCACAGAAAGCGCUGCAGAUCAGCCAGCCCCGAACACAGCCGGAGCAAACGGAGGAGGAUUACAGCAGAGUUUGGCUCCAGUGGUAGCUGGAACGAACAAGGACAAAUACCUGCCAAACCAGCAAAUGACAUUAUGGCAAAACCUGAGGGCUGUUUAUUAUUUGAUAAAGUCUCUUGUCAGAUAAGACAGUCCUGUCCUAACCCAAAGGUCUCUCCCACAUGCACUGAGGAAACGCUUGGUUCAAAACAGACUUUUACCAUGUAUUGUGUUCCUGCUGUGCAGAAUUUCACUCACGCACCAAAUAAAAUGGACAUUUUAGGUCACGGCAGCACCGAUCAUCCAUCACGGCCACAGACAUGUGAUCCUCCACUUCUGUUCCCCUAUCAUAAAUCUCACAGCACGUUUUCCAGUCAAGACUCUCAGCGUUCACUAUCCCACUCCACUUCAGUUUGCAUCGAGCCGGCCCUCAUCCCAGAUUUUGCAAUGCUCUCUACAUCAUCGUCAGACUCCGACUGGGACUGCGGCCUGCUGUCGCGACUCGGGCCGACCUCCGCUGCUCCUCUGUCGCCCGCUGAGCAGAGCUGUGAUAAGGAGCGCCUCCACAUGCCGUGCACCUGGAUGCACGACACCAGCUACGAGUCGCGUCUACACACUGUGCUUCAGCCGUCAGCCCCGGCAACAUCACUGGACCCCUCAGCGUUUUCCAGGACUGUGGUACCGAUUGUUGAGGUUCAACACUGAUAGUUAUUGCCUCGGUCAGGUUAAAGAACUGGAAGAACCACUAAAUCUGUGUAAUGAUACGUGUCCACAGAGGCAUUUCUGGAUGCGAGGGAUCGCCUCACUCUCCACUAGACACUUGGCACCCGAUUGUAUGAACGCUUUCAAACCCAGAACCAACAUGGCAGCUCGUUUGGAAACUUUUUUUCUCUUAUAUAAUGAAAAUAAAUCACUGGAAUGUAUUUCUGAAAACAUUUAAUGCGAGAAAUAAGCCAUGCAGUUGCUGAAUAUGUCUGCAUUUUAGAUCGACAGCGGUUAAUUUAAAAGUUUCUCUGGAGUUUCCAGAGGCGGCGAGUCGCGCCAGACGCCCCAUACUUGUAUAAAGUAGCCUAGACCUCAACUUUAAGCAAAUGAUGAGCGGCCAACGUGACGCCCCGUCUCUCGAAUCAUGCCACCACGCUACCAGAAUGCACUGCACAACUGUUUACACAGACAAUGAAUGGGAAGCGUGGAAAGGAAGGAUCCCGUGGACACCAUAUCAUCAUGUACCUGGAGUAGCAAGGCUUUGACUUUGCAGCUGCGUAUCCCACCACAACAAACAAUGGGCAGCACUUACGCUCAUCAAAAUAAAUUAAUGGUGUGUACACUGAAUAAAUAUUUAAAAUUUAGUGCAAACUAAGAUGUAAUGAAUAGCUAUUUUUAUUUUUUGUUGCAGUCGAUGUUACUUAGCGGAUGCAUCUUCCCAUGAAUUCCAAGGGCGUCCAUUAUAAUUUUUCCUCCUUGUGCACAGGACCCAAAGCAAUAUGUACAGUAUGUUGUGCUGACUGCAGUCUUUCAGCAGCCAUGUCCGGGAACACAUGGCGGUAUUGAGAAUUUAAUGAGGCUUUUCUGAAGGGGGCAUUACUCAAUUACUGUAAGUGCUGCGUCUGGAUCAGAUCCCACUUGCGCUGGCGUUGAUGAGGCGUUCAUGGAGUGGAGGACUCGCGCAACCUGUGAGAAAGAAAUCUGUCUGAUUAAUGUCAAAUGGCUUUUCCUGCCUUCUGAAGGUCAGCCAAAGGAUUGUCUUUGUCAAGAGGAGACUGCUGCUUCACGGUGGUGCGCUGCAGCUGCAGGGAGGUUUAUUGUCUUCACCUUGCAGGAUCUGAAUAUCAUGCAUUGACAUUUAAAACAGAUGCAGAAUGCAACAAGCAAAGAGAAAUCGCACAGUAUGUGGAGGACGAGCAGUUCUCUGUGUGAAUAUGUGAAGUCUUGUACAGUGUUUUUAAAUAAAUGUUUUUAACCUUAAA